CAUUCCACUUUUGGAAUCGAAAUCAUUUGUGAAGCAUCACAUUGCGUUCAUUACUUUCUACACGUCUAGGCGGGAAAUAAAGCUUCAAUUCUUGAGGACUUACUGUCAUGUGUAGCAGUCUGUUUCGCCUGCUUCAUAUGUGUGCAGUUAUCACUUUGUGUCUAUAGGUCUAGAAACCCGACUUUACCCCGUAAAUCCGUCGAAUUAAACUUAAGUUGGUGUUACUCAGUGACUGUAGUCGAGAUGAAGUUUCUCUCAAUUUUCAUCGUCCUCGUAGUCUGCGGCAACCACGUGACUACCGCUGCUCCAACGCCUAAAAAUGACAUAAGGCUAAGGGAUGACGUGCGUGCAGUCUUGAGGCAUAUACUACUCAAGUCUGACCAGACGACUCUUGACCAAUGGCUUGGGCUGGACAGAGACUCUGAGGAAGAUACCUCUACCACGAAGCCACUAGAACAGGAAGACGAACGGCUGACAACUCUGUUGACACUUAUAACAGAAGGGCCAGAACUUUUUGAGAUGCCGACACCAGCACCACAAAAGUUAAUCAUCCACCCUCUCUGCGUGGAACGACUGAAUAACCCCUAUCAGAUCAAGGACAUCAAUGACAUCCAGAAUCCCCGCGACGUCAUUGAGUACCUCAUCUACCAGCUCUGCCUACCCACUGUCACCGCUGAGGACGUCCUAGCAGUAUCAGACAUCGUCGAACGUCUCUCUUCGCCGGACAGGAUUCCGAUAAUAGGACUACCAAAUCCUUUUGUCCCUGAAGUCCAAACGUUGGUCCCUGAAGUCCAAACGUUGAGCAUUGACAUUGACCUGUUGCCGGGACUAGAAGCUGACACAGAUUUGGACAGCAGGCCGGUAAUAGGACUACCGAACCCCUUUGUCCCUGAAGUCCAAACGUUGAUCCCUGAAGUCCAAACGUUGGUCCCUGAAGUCCAAACGUUGAUCCCUGAAGUCCAAACGUUGGUCCCUGAAGUCCAAACGUUGGCCAUUGACAUUGACCUGUUGCAGGGAGAGGCAGUCACAGAUUCAGACCAGGAGCUUGAUGACCAAGAGAUGCCACGGACUCAGGUGAACGAUUUCAAUCCCGACAUCAAUGAUGAAAUCAAUGACGACGGCAUAACCACCAUCGCAGAUGACGAGAAGGUCACACAGCUCGAAGAAUCAGAUGACGAUAACGGAAUCCUGCGGAAUUUCCUUCUGCAGGUCGACAGGACAUUCACUACUUGGUUUCAUAUGAAAAGGCAGGACCAAGAGGAGGAUGAAGAUGAGGAGGGGGAUACGGAGGAUGUGAAUAUGUUCGAGGAACCUUUUCUGGCUCCAGAAGAGCCAGUCGUCUCUACAGCUCCGGCUUACCUGAUGACUACAUCGCUGCCUGUCACCGAAGAACCUCUUAUUAAUCCUCUCUGCAAAGAUCGACUGAAUAAUCCGAACCAGAUCGAAAACAUUGCGGACGUCCAGAAUCGCUAUGACGUCAUUGAGUACCUCAUAUAUCGCCUCUGCCUACCAAGCGCAACCUCUGAGGACGUUGAAGCAGUUGCAUCCAUCGUUGAACAGCUCUCUUGGCCAGUCGAGGUAAAACCUAAGCCUAUGUUCGAACCUGACGUCGAACCACAGCCCGUCAUCGAACCCGAAGUCCAUACGUCGAUGAUCGACAUUGACUUGUCGCAGGAAGAGGACGGUGCAGUAUUGGACCAAGAACCCGCCACGAAGCCCCUCGAUGAUCAGGAUGAAGCUAUCACUCAGGCAGCGUCACUCAAUACUGACAACGACGCCGACAACGACGAGGCCGAUGACAUCCAACUGAUGAUUGAGGACACCACCUCUGCCUUGAGUAACCUUGUUCAGUCAAGGACUGACAUAGCAGAAUCUUCGGAGAAAAUCGAGGACACCACGCAGAAGAACAUGCAGAACAACAGACCUGCUGAACAAGGGCAGAGUGGAACACCGACAUCAUCGACCUCCGCCGAAUCCGAUGAAGAUGAGGACGAAGAGAAUGAUGCUGCGCAGCCACUCGAUAUUGACGAACUAGAACUGAGGAUUCGUGAAUUCCUCGACUCAUUCCUGAACUAGGUAAUCGACAACGGUUACAGUGGUGCCACUGUCUAAAUCUAUGUUCAUGGAUGGAAUUUCAAACAUACA